CUGACGCCGAACGGUCAUGAUAAGUUGUUUUUGUUCUCAUCGAUACUCUGAUCCGUGAUGAAUAAACAUUUAUAUUUAUAUUGGUUAUACAGCGAUAUAUAAUAUUAAAAAUGUGAACUAAAAGUGAUAAUUAUUUUCAAAAAUUAUAUCAUCAAAUGAUACACUGUGUAACUAAUAACUUUAAGAAGACGCUUACGAUCUUUGAAAAAGUUAGUAGAAAAAAAAAAUAAUAUUAAUGUCAUUAUUCAAAUAUGAGGAUGAUGAGGAUGGACUUAGGUAUGUACGGGACUUACAAUAGCAAGCCCGAUUCCUAUUAUAGUUUUCAAAAUACUAUUCAUCUUCUAUCAACUCCAGAUGAUAAUGUUCGGAUAAUUGAGCCUCCAGAAUCAGCAAGUCAACAUAAUUAUUUACAAUCGACGGUUAUACCAUACACGUCAACGUCAUCUGAUGAUUUUAUGAAUACGGAAUCCAUUUCAACUUCUGAAGUUUUAUCUCAGAUGUACUAUGCAUCACCAUCUGGUACACAACCCGAAGAAGGUACUGCUAUAAUAUCUUCUGAAAAUGGUCUCAGUUACACUAAUUUAGAUUGUACUAACUACUCAAAUAGUCAACAUCAGCAACAAGAUAUGUUAUAUCAUAAUGAUUCAUUUCAUCAAAUCUGUAAUCCAAUGGAAAAUUUUGACCAAAAAGAUAGUCAACAAAUUUCGUCAAAAAUGUACCAGCAGACUAUCACCAUACAACUUCCUUUUAAUACUAAGUCAGAUUAUGAACCAUUUAAUCACUCUCAAUCUAGUCAAUCUUAUCAUUUUGAUAGUGGAUAUCAAAUAAGUUCUUCAAAUCCAUCAAAUUAUGAUGAUCACGUUUCAUCAUCAGAAAAUACUUUACGAUUAAGUACUCAGGUAUCGACUGUGUUCAAACAAAAUGAGUGUUCUGGGCAACCGAUGGGACACAACAAAGAUAAAAAUUCGGACUUCAAGUUAUUUCGUCCAAAUCACCAACAUUCAGAAAAUAAAAAUUAUGAUCAAGUAUUCUAUCAAUAUCCUAACCGAACUCAAGAUCGUUUCUGUUGUAGACCACAACAACAAUCAACUCAUAUACCAACUUAUAAGUGGAUGCAAGUUAAAAGAAAUAUUUCUAAAUCCAUUGCUUCAAAAAAUAAUCAAAAUAAAGCUGAACUCGGACAUGUUGAAACUUCUAGUGCAGCUUUCAUAUCUAUUUAUACUUCACCAUCAUCCACUCCUAGAAAUUGUUUAAAUGCACCACUUAAUGGCUUAUUAACUAAUUUCAACAAUACUGGGCGUACAAAUUUUACAAACAAACAGUUAACUGAAUUAGAAAAAGAAUUUCAUUUUAACAAGUACCUGACAAGAGCUCGAAGGAUUGAGAUUGCAUCAGCUUUGCAACUCAAUGAAACACAAGUUAAAAUUUGGUUUCAAAAUCGACGGAUGAAGCAAAAAAAAAGAAUUAAAGAAGGACUUAUACAUAGUGAUAAUCUCAAUGUAAAUUCAACUAUAAAUCCACAAUUUGGUGGUGCACGAAGUAAUACUAACUCACCUAUCGAAUUAGAGGGACUUGAAAAUACUGGGCCUUCCACGUCUCAAGAGUUGAAUAAAAAUGUCUGAAAUUUUUAAACUCCAGUGUCUCAGGACUAAAAUUGUGAACAAGUAUAAUAAUGUGGCACGUGGGGCGAUAACCAAUAAAGAAACAAAAACAUUUGGUAAUUGUUGAAACUUUGGAAAAAUGAAUCUAUUAUUCACUCCAUUAAACUUUUCUAUAAAUGAAUCUAUUUCUGUAUUAUCUUUUUGUGUUCCAUAGUAAUAAAAUUAAAAAGAAACCUUUUAAAAUAUCUGUAUAUCUAGAUUCACUUCUGAUAAAAGGUUUGAAUUGAUAAUUUAAUUUUAAGUUCACUAUUUACAGUAUUUAUUUAUUUAUUAAAAAGACAUUAUAAUAGAAGACUCAUUUUUAUUGAUUUGAUUUACUCGUUAAUUAUUUCAUGAUCCUCCAUGAUAAAGUUUUAUUAAUCACCAGUGAUUAUCCCUUACCCAGUUAACGCUUAUGCGUAAAAGUGACGUCACGCAGUACCCCACUUUAUGGUACGAAGCGAAUGAUACGUGCGACUCGUGUGUGAAUUGUUAUUUUACAGUUCUUUACGUUAAAGUCUGAUGUAACUCAUAUACCGAAUAUGCGUCAUCAUAAUCUUCAUUUGAAUAUGUCUUAUAAGCAGUGAUGUAAUGAUGCAAAGUUUUUCAAGUAACAGUGACGCCGGUACAUUUACGUCUUAAAGUAAAACUGACAUCGUAAUUUUGUAGUCAAUAACUUAUGUAUAAUAGAAUUAAAGUCCGUGUGCUGUAAAUAUUGCAUACAAUCAUAUGUAAGAUUAUAAAUACUACAGAGCUGUAUUAUAGUUCAGUCCGCAAAAAAAUGUAACUUUUUUCCCCACCAUUUUUCUACAAUUAUCGUUACUGCGCAUGUGCUCUAGUGUAAAUAUAUGUCCUUCAUAGGAGACAAGUAGUGGGAGAAAGGAGCAUUCUUUUGCGGACAAAUAUAAUAGAAAUGUAACAAUACUGGUGGAUUGCUGGAGUCGAACCUGGAUCCUUCCGAUUAUAAAUCCUUGCUGAUUUCUACUAUGCUGACCCACGUACAUGAUCGUGUAUGAAUAAAUAGUAUGAUUAUUGAUGAAUUUUAUAUAGGCAGGAAAAUGACAAAUGACAUGCAUAGGCUGAUAGUUGAAACUUUGAAAGGAGAACUAGUAGAAAAUAGGAUUAAGGAUUAUAAGGGAUAAGAAAGUGAGUUGCGAGAGUGGUGGCAGACACGUGUAAACACAUAACGAAUGAAUGGAACAACUGUGAUUUUCAAAUUAAGGAGUUAUACCAAAGCAUUGUAAAAUAUGUAGUAACCGAAUUGCAAAUAUUCUGUAAGAACAUGCAAUUAAAUAAAAUUAUUAUUAUUAUACUAAACUUAU